GUUGGCAGCUCUGAAAACGGCACGUCCGACAGACUCUAAUCUGCGCAUCGUUUUAUUCGUGACUAAAAAUAACGACUUAACCCAGUCGGACUGGGACGAGUAGUGCGAUAUCUUUUACAGCCUGAAAAAUGGCAUGGUUAAGCGCUCGUACCGUGCUCCAAACAUGUCGACGGCCAAUUUCCUACAGUUUCGUGUGCGCCCAGAAAAAAUUUGCCGAUCCGCUGGAUCAUGCCACUGGUUUGGAAAAGAGGGAAAUGCUCGCUCGUUUAGCCGGUAACGAAGAUCCCUAUAAUAUAACCAUAAAGCGACGACCAACUAGCACAAAGGAGAAUCCAAAUGUAGUCUACAGUGCAUUCCAGAGUCGUAUAAUGGGAUGCGUUUGUGAUGAAGAUGCGUUGCAUGUAAAUUGGAUGUGGCUACAUCAAGGUCCUCCACGACGUUGCGAAUGUGGCCAUUGGUUUAAAUUGGUUGAAAAAGCACCUAUAUAAUAUACUGAAAGAUGAACUAGUGGAUUGUUUUCGACAUAGAAUUAAUGUUAUAUUAGACAGUAAUUACGACUAUUUUCAUUUAUCACCAUGUUCUCCCUGUAUCCUGUCCAUAAAAUAAACAAGUCAUUCUUACACAGAAAUAGAAAUAAAUAAUUAAAGAUGUUUUGUUGUGAAA